AUCAGAGGAGUAGAAACAACAAGCCGCCAUUUUGUUUGUGCGGAAAAGACCGUCAGAAACAGGAGGAGAUAACCGAGAGAAGGAGCGACUCCGGCGACCAAAGUCAGCCGCUCCAGGAACAGUCGGGGGAGGAAAGAACUGCCAAAUUUUUGUCCGUGAUAUCAAGCGAGCGAAAGCAUCACAACACGAUAAGACGGCAGUGGUGGGAAAACCGACUGGGUGAUAUUUAUUUAUAUAUAUAAAUAUAUAUAUAUAUAUAUGUAUACAUAUAUAUGCAUGCAUGAGAAGUAAAUACUCCGAAAAAUCCAAGGAAGGGGGUGUUUUGCGGAGCGGAGACGGAGAGGGGAGGCGGAAGAGAGCGACACAUUACGACGAGGAGAGACCUGCGAAAAAAGGGAGAAAACACCAACAUGAAAAAUCAUUAUGUGUCCGUCGCGGAGGAAGGAAAGAGUCCGCAUAGACAAUUAUAUAAAUAAAUUGCUGCCGGGCAGAAGGGAGAGGUGGAAAGAAAGACUGGUUUAAAGAGAAGGGGGGAAAUUGCCAGGAUCAACGCGAAGGGGGGCAAUCUCCAUCACAAAGAGUCAAUGAGAGGAUUUUUGUCUGCCCAAAAAUAUCUUAUGGGGGUGUCAACAUCAUUGUGCCGAUCUAAACCUUUCCGCUUCCGAAAUCAUCUUUUUUCAGUGACCCACCGUCAAAUGUUUCGCCUGUCGCCGUGCUGUGCUCCUAUUUUUUGUUGAGAGCUUUCGGUUUCUCGUCUCUUGCAUGGUCAAGACAUCCCAUUGCAGUGAAUGACAAGUGUGUAUACUUCUAUAUUUUGGGGGAAUUUUUGUAUGCCUGGCGAGAAAUGGAGAGGAACCUCUUCAAGAGCACAAGAUAAGUAACCCAACAGAUUACACAUAAAACUAAUUGGAUAAAUCUGGCUGCCGUCCGAUUGGUAUUGAGCGCUGUGAUUUUCUUCAGAAACCACAUUACCCAGGAAGAAAGUGUGCAUCAGAAAUUGACUGCACAAGAGUAGUUAUUUCUGUUGAAAUUUCUCAAUAUUUCAACCUUUGCUACCCCGCUGACUGAAAGAGGCAUAUUCGCUCAAAGGGGGAUGCAACAACCAAAUGUGCAAUACGAGUCUCUACUUUAUGACCCAGUGCCUUGCAUGGUCAAACACAUGCACAUGCAAAAGAAAGCCAAUGUGCAGUAGAGUAUUUGCAAGACUUCUGUGUUUCCAUAUCUGCAGAACUGUCGUCCUAUUUAUUAAGCUACCGUUUAACCAGUGCACAUUAUUCUUUCACAGUGUUGCACUUGAGAGUGCCACUUACACCCGAACUGUAUUUUGAAUCUAUUGCUGGCAGACUGCCUUUUUCAUUUAGAGACGUAAAGGGAUCUGUGGCGUUAAUAUCCCUGAGGUGUUUGGUUAGAUGAGAGAAAACGAUUAUCUCAAAACUGCUGCAUGAGAAAUCGGCAUCCAGAAGUUAACAAGGGGGCUGCUCUCUGACCUGAGUUUUUGGAUCACAGUUGCCAAUUCGUACUCACACAGAGUUAGUCUUCUGGGUUGUUUGAGGCGAGAAGUACAGGCUCUCUCCGCCGACUAUGGCGGGCAGGACUGAGUGCACAACGGAGGACAGAUCUUGGGACAGUUUUGUGUCGUAGAAGAGGCUACAUGAGGUUGUCAGUGGGUCGCACGCUUGCCUUUUUGCCGACUCCACCUUCCCACCUCCUCCUCUUCAAAUCUGUGAAGAAACAAUCUCCGUCAGGGGAGGGGGAUUGAUAUCUGCAGAGAGGAAUAAACUGAGAGGGAGAACUGUGAGGGAAGGAGUCCAGCACCGCUGUCUUCUCCCCUACCGUCCCCAAGCGGUGGGGGAACGAUUUCUUAAGGACUCAAGGAGACGCAAAUAAGGGAGAUAGAUUUGUCCGCCGUGGAUCUACGGCAUUUUUUUUAAUUCGUCAAAAAUAUGGCUGAUAAUGUCCUGGAGUCCGGCCCGCCUUCAGCCAAGAGGCCCAAGCUGUCCUCUCCAGCUCUUUCUGUGUCUGCAAGUGAUGGAAACGAUUUUGGUUCAUUCUUCGACCUGGAGCAAGACCUCCCAGAUGAGCUCAUCAAUUCCUCAGACCUAGGUCUGACCAACGGAGGGGAUUCCAGCCAACUCCAUACCAGUCUUGGAGGUGUCGGAGGAGGGAUUGGUGUGGUAGGUGGACAGGAUGCAGCUGCAAAGCACAAGCAGCUGUCAGAACUCUUGCGUGCUGGGACACCAGGACAGCAGGGUGGCCCAACUUCCAACAGUACAGCACCUGGGCCUUCCAUGGGGAUGAUGGGUGUUUCCUCUGGUGGACCUCAAGGCAUGCCCCCCCAGGGCCAGCAGCAGCAACCAGGAUUAAUGCAUCAGGUUGGCAUGGUUGGAGGAGUGGCAGCUCUCAGUCGGGCAGCUGCCAUGAUGGGUAAUCAGAAGGGCAACACUGGACAGCAGGGGCUGAUGGGGGGGCAAGUGAUGAAUGGUUCGCCAAGAAUGGGUUACCCUAGCAAUGCAGGCAUGGGUAAUGGUGGUAACCUUUUGGCGGAAACCUUACAGCAGCAGCAGGGCGGUCAGCCAAUGGGACCUGGUGGUCAAGCAGGAAUGAGACCUCAGCAACCUGGAGCACUGAACAAAAUGAAUAUGAUGGCUAAUGCGGGCCCCUAUGGUGGUCCGUAUGGUCAGUCCACUGGCCAGGGGCUGCCUGGAGCAGGGCUGGGCCCACAGCUUCAGAAUAAGGCAGGUCUGCCCAACAAUAUGGUUGCUCAGUUCAACAUGGACAAGAAGGUGCCACCGGGUCAAGGCAUGCCUGGAAUGCCGUCUCAGCAGCCUGGAGCAGUUGGUUGUGUAUCUGUCAGUGGAGCAACAGCUGUGGGAGGGGCGCAGGUUGGGCUUAGCGCUUUAGGGACAGGUCCCGGCACAGCGCCCCCUACUGCAGACCCAGAGAAGAGGAAGUUGAUUCAACAACAGCUGGUCCUCUUGCUCCAUGCACACAAAUGCCAGCGGCGUGAGCAAGCCAACGGUGAAGUGCGACAGUGCAACCUGCCGCACUGCCGCACCAUGAAAAAUGUACUCAACCAUAUGACUCAUUGUCAGGCUGGCAAGUCCUGCCAGGUCGCACACUGUGCCUCAUCCAGACAGAUCAUCUCUCAUUGGAAGAAUUGCACACGACAUGACUGCCCUGUAUGCUUGCCACUGAAAAAUGCUGGCGAUAAGAGGAACCAGCAACCUCUUCUCAACAGUGCAGCAGUGGGUUUGGUAAACUCUCUAGGAUCCGGUGUGCCUGGUGGACAGUCAAACACUCCAAACCUCAACCCUGCCAACCAGAUUGACCCGAGCUCAAUAGAAAGGGCCUAUGCAGCUCUAGGUCUUACUUACCAGGGCAACCAGAUGCCACAGCAGCAACAACAGUCCAACAUGCCAAACCAGGGGAUGCAGGGGCAACCUGGGAUGAGAAAUCUAAACAUGGGUGGAAACUCUAUGGGAGUGAAUGGUGGAGUAGGUGUGCAUCCUCCGAACCAGCAAUCGACCCUACUGCCAGACGCCAUGUUGCACAACAUGAAUGCUCAGAGUUUGAUGAACGAUAGUUUGGGGAACCUGGGCUCGAUGCCCACAGCAACUCCGCCCUCUGUUGCAGGCAUGAGGAAGUCCUGGCAUGAAGACAUCACACAGGACCUCCGCAACCACCUUGUACACAAGCUUGUGCAGGCCAUUUUCCCCACUCCUGACCCGGCUGCACUGAAGGAUCGGCGGAUGGAGAAUCUGGUGGCAUACGCUCGUAAAGUAGAAGGGGAUAUGUACGAGUCAGCCAACAGCAGGGCAGAGUACUACCACCUGCUAGCGGAGAAGAUCUACAAAAUCCAAAAAGAGUUGGAAGAAAAGAGGAGGACGAGGCUCCAAAAGCAGGGCAUGAUGCCAGGGCAACAAGGAAUAGUUUCUCCAGGUUUUCCACAAGGGCCUCCCAGCAUGGGACAGCCACCCAUGGCCCCAGGGCAACCUCCAAAUGGUCCUCAUGCUGAUCUGUCCAUGGUCCGACCAGCUGGACCCAAUCAGAUGGUCAACCGGAUGCAGAACCCUGCAGGAAUGAAUCAGUUUAAUCAGAUGAUGAUGCAGUCCAUGGGUCAGAGGUCAACCCCUCCUCUUCCGCUUAGCACCCCAGUGAACCAGAUGGCUAUGGGUACAACCAGAAUGGGGCAGCCGAAUGCUUCACAGAUACAGAACCAGUACCUUCCCCCAGGCCAGUUCCCUGGGUCCAGUCCUGGACUUGGUUCUGGUCCUGUUGGCAUGAACCAACCAGGGCCACCGCCUGCAGUGCCACAGCAGAACCAGAUGUCAACGCCACCUUCCGUCCCAGUUAGCAGUCCUGCAGCACAGUCUGCCUCUUCUGGUCCUGGAUCUGCAGGCCCUAUGGGGCCUGGUAGUUGCAGUGGUGCUGGGCCUCUACCCAGUCUGCCUCCAUCCUCCACGUCCACCCAGCCCAACAAUUACCCUCACUGCCCAUCAAUCCGUACAAACUCCCCAUCACCAGCACGCAGCUUGACGCCACAACCCCAUCAAACACCCCCAACGUUACCUCGUUCUCAGACCCCACAGCCACAAACACCUAGCACACCUCAGCUGCCUCCUCCUCCACAUCAACAGCAGCAGCAGCAGCAGCAGCAGCAACAGCAGCAACAACAACAACAACAACAACAACAGCAACAGCAAAGUUCACAGCAGACGGUGAACUCUGAGAAGACCAGUCAGCCUCCUCAGCAAACGCUAGGGAGCGUGGCUUCCUCAGGCCCACAAGCAAAUCAGGCUUCUUCAGUGCCUAACCAGAAUGCUCAUGUACCACUGCAGCUGCCUCAGACCCCACAAUCUCCAAAGCCCUCACUGACAGGAGAUUGUCAGGUGUCCUCCCCAGCCUCAAUCAACAGCAGCACUGAUGCGAGCUCCCAGCCUGCACCAGCAGAUGGCCCUGCUCCCUGCCAGGAAGAUGUUAAAAUGGAGGUGAAGAAGCACGAGGAGGAAGAUGAAGGGACUGACACACAGGUAGAGAGCAAUGGGAAGAUGGGAAAAGGUCAACCUGACGUGAAGACGGAAGUGAAACCUGAGAUAAAGAAAGAGAAGCUGUUGGCAGAGGGGUGUAAAGGCGAGCCCAUGGACACAUCUUCAUCCUUGGUGUCAUCAUCAGUAGCAACGGUUGAAGACAAGAAGCCUGAUGUGAAAAAAGAGCCCAAAGAGGAAGAGGAGGGGUCAGGGUCAACGGCCAACAUCAGCUCCCCAGCCAGUGCUCAGAGCAAGAAGAAAGUUUUUAAGCCGGAGGAGCUGCGUCAGGCUCUGAUGCCGACCCUGGAAGCUUUGUACCGGCAGGACCCUGAGUCCCUUCCCUUCCGUCAGCCGGUGGACCCCCAGUUACUGGGAAUACCCGACUACUUUGACAUUGUGAAGAACCCCAUGGAUCUGUCGACCAUCAAGCGGAAACUGGACACUGGACAGUAUCAGGAGCCAUGGCAAUAUGUCGAGGAUAUCUGGCUGAUGUUCAACAACGCUUGGCUCUACAACCGCAAGACUUCCCGUGUGUACAAGUACUGCUCCAAACUGGCUGAGGUCUUUGAGUCAGAGAUUGACCCCGUAAUGCAGGGCCUGGGAUACUGCUGUGGGAGGAAGUUUGAGUUUUCCCCUCAAACUCUAUGCUGCUAUGGAAAACAGUUAUGCACCAUCCAGCGAGACGCCGCUUACUUUAGCUAUCAGAACAGGUACCACUUCUGUGAGAAGUGUUUCAACGAAAUCCAGGGCGAGAGCGUUUCCCUAGGGGACGACCCCUCUCAGCCUCAGACUUCAAUCAACAAAGAGCAGUUCCAACGAAAGAAGAACGACACCCUUGAUCCUGAGUUGCUUGUGGAAUGUACUGACUGUGGUCGUAAAAUGCACCAGAUCUGUGUCCUGCAUCAUGAUACCAUAUGGCCUUUAGGUUUUGUCUGUGACAGCUGCCUCAAAAAGGCAAAUAAGACGCGGAAAGAGAACAAAUACGCAGCCAAAAGGCUUCCCCAUACCAAGUUGGGGGUAUAUUUGGAGACACGAGUGAACGACUACCUCAAGCGACAGAACAACCCCGAAUCUGGCGAUGUCACCAUUCGAGUGGUUCACGUUUCAGAUAGGGUGGUGGAGGUCAAGCCAGGCAUGAAGUCCAGAUUUGUGGAUAGUGGUGAGAUGUCGGAGUCCUUCCCAUACAGAAUGAAAGCCUUGUUUGCGUUUGAGGACAUUGACGGAGCAGACGUGUGCUUUUUUGGCAUGCACGUUCAAGAGUAUGGCUCAGACUGCCCGCCUCCUAACCAGAGACGAGUGUACAUCUCCUACCUGGACAGCGUGCACUUCUUUAAACCCCGACACCUCAGGACUGCCGUCUACCAUGAGAUCCUGUUAGGCUACCUGGAGUAUGUCAAGAGGAUGGGGUUUACCACGGGUCAUAUCUGGGCCUGUCCACCCAGUGAAGGGGAUGAUUACAUCUUCCACUGUCAUCCAGCUGACCAGAAGAUACCCAAGCCAAAACGCCUGCAGGAGUGGUACAGGAAGAUGCUGGACAAGGCUGUUUCUGAGCGCAUUGUCCAUGAUUACAAGGAUGUCUUCAAGCAGGCAACAGAGGACCGGCUCACCAGUGCAAAGGAGCUGCCAUAUUUUGAGGGUGACUUCUGGCCCAACGUACUGGAGGAGAGCAUCAAGGAGCUGGAGCAGGAGGAAGAGGAGCGGAAGAGGGAAGAGAACAGUACCUCCAGUGAGAGCACUGAUGCCACAAAAGGAGACAGCAAAAAUGCCAAAAAGAAGAACAAUAAGAAGACGAGCAAGAACAAGAGCAGCUUGAGCCGAGCCAAUAAGAAGAAACCAGGGAUGCCCAGUGUUUCCAAUGACCUUUCUCAGAAACUCUACGCUACCAUGGAGAAACAUAAGGAGGUCUUUUUUGUCAUCCGCCUCAUUGCCUGCCCCUCUGCCAACUCCCUGCCCCCCAUCACUGACCCGGACCCGCUAAUGGCCUGUGACCUGAUGGAUGGCCGCGAUGCCUUCCUGACUCUGGCCAGAGACAAGCACCUGGAGUUCAGCUCUCUCAGGAGGUCCCUGUGGAGUUCCAUGUGUAUGUUGGUGGAGCUGCACAACCAGAGCCAGGACCGCUUUGUCUACACCUGUAACGAGUGUAAACACCAUGUGGAAACCCGCUUUCACUGCACCGUCUGUGAGGACUAUGACUUGUGCAUCACCUGCUACAACACUAAAGGCCAUGAACACAAAAUGGAUAAGCUGGGGCUUGGGCUGGAUGACGAUAGCAACAAUCAGUCAGCAGCAGCUACCCAGAGCCCCGGAGAUUCCCGCCGCUUGAGCAUCCAGAGAUGCAUCCAGUCGCUGGUCCAUGCAUGUCAGUGCCGCAACGCCAACUGCUCUCUACCUUCAUGCCAGAAGAUGAAGCGUGUCGUUCAGCACACAAAAGGCUGCAAGCGCAAGACGAAUGGUGGCUGCCCCAUCUGCAAGCAGCUCAUCGCUCUAUGUUGCUACCAUGCUAAACACUGUCAGGAGAACAAAUGCCCUGUCCCAUUCUGUCUGAACAUCAAGCAGAAGCUGCGACAGCAGCAGCUCCAGCACAGACUCCAGCAGGCUCAGAUGUUGAGGAGAAGAAUGGCUAGCAUGCAGAGGGUGGGACAGGCAGCUGGAGGGCCACCUGGUGGACCUAUGGUAGGACUUCCAUCACCGGGGAACAAUGGUACCACGGCACCAAGUACCCCAACAUCAGUGGGAACCCAACCCCCAACUCCCCAGACCCCCACGCAGACUAUGCCACCAGUCCCACAACAGGUAAUGGGUUCAGGUCCUGGUGUCCAGCAACAGCAGCAGCCAGGUGGGAUUCCCCCACAAAGUGGCAUGCCUCCUCAGCACAGCCUUCACCAAUUUCAGCAGAUGGUAGGUGGAGGUGGUGGGGCUGGGGGCAAAAUGAACUCUCCCCAACAUCAGCAGCAGAUGCUUCCUCAGAUCCAGCAGCAGCAGCAGCAGCAGCAAAGCAUGGCAGCUCAACAACUCCAACAGCACCCCAACAAUUUGCCUCCAUAUGCCAGCAGACCCCCAGGCUCCUCCCCAAUCCAUCAAUCCCAGGGCAAACCAGUUCUUGGCUCUGCAACACCUCCACAGCAGCAGCCUGGCGGCCGUGUCACGCCUGGAGGUGUUGGGGGUCAGCAACCUCCUGGUCAGCCACAGGGGCAGCCUCUGCUUCCACAGCAGCAGCCAACAUCUGGACCUCCAGCAGCAGCUGUAGAAAUCGCCAUGAAGAUCCAACAGGUAGCUGAUGCUCAGAGAAAGAUGGCUCUGCAAAGACAAGCUGCACAGGCAGCUGCAGGAAUGAUCCCUCCCCACCCACAUCAUCAGCAGGGUCAAGGCCAACAGAUAGGCAUGGGACAUCCAGGGUCAGUAGGGUUGGUUGGACCUCAGGGGAUCCCAUCACAGACCGCAACAGUGGCAGCUGUGCGGGCCCACAUAGAUCAACAGCAAAGUGCUCCACAAGGGAUGAUGGUUAGUCCUGGUGGCCCCAUGCAGCAACAACCCCCUCAGCAGGGUAACAUGCCCCAGGGCCAGCUCCCCACUCAGGUGCAGAUUCAACAACAGAGGAUGGGCGCAUCUCUUCCAAACCCUCAACAGCAGCAACAGCAGUGGGCAGGCCAGGGUAUGCCACCCCAGCAGAGACAAGCUAUGUUAAACCAUCAGGCCAUGAUGGCGGCUCAGCAACAGCAGCAGCAGCAGCAGCAGCAGCAACAGCAACAACAACAACAACAGCAGCAGCAAAUUCAACAACAACAGCAACAGCAAAUUCAACAACAACAGCAGCAGCAGCAAGGUGGGGGUGCAGGUAUCCCAGGUGGAGCUGUUCCUGGAGCUGCCGGUAUUCCAGGAGCUGGUGCUGCUGGUGGUAACAUCCCUCAGGCAGCUCUACAGGACCUGCUACGGACCCUACGCUCGCCUAGCUCACCACACCAACAGCAGCAAGUCCUCAACAUCUUGCGCUCUAAUCCACAGCUCAUGGCUGCUUUUAUUAAGCAGAGGGCCUCAAAGUACAAGGGGGUUCAGGGGGCUCCCGGUGGACCUGGUGGUGUUCCAGGAGGUCCGGGUCCCACUGGAGGUCCUGUUGGUAAUGUAAUGGCAGGUGGGGGCCCACAGGUGAAUAUGAAUUCUGCAGGUUCUGGUCAGCCAGGGAUGCACAUUGGGGGUCAGGGAGGAACUAAUGUCAACAUGGCCACUAUGGCUCAGCUGCAGCAAGUACAGCAGCAACAGCUACAACAACAACAACAACAACAGCAGCAGCAACAGCUUCAGCAGCAGCAACAGCUUCAGCAGCAGCAACAUCUUCAGCAGCAGCAACAGCUUCAGCAGCAGCUUCAACAACAACAACAACAGCAGCAGCAACAACAACAGCAGCAACAGUUACAACAGCAGCAGAGACCAAUGCUCACUGGUUUACAGCAGCAACAAGUGGCAGCUCUCCAGCAGCAACAACAACAACAACAACAGCAGCAGCAAGGGGGAGGAAGAGGAAUGCAGGGCCAAGGGCCGCAGAUGGGAAAUCUCAACACUACCCAGUUUAGAGAGAUGCUCAUGAGACGGCAUCUCCAGCAACAGCAACAGCAGCAGCAACAACAACAAAUGGGAGUAAAUCAUGGUCAGUUUCAGCAGCCACAACCACCACAGGGACAGGGCUACAUGGCACAGCCCGGGAUGCAGCCCCCUACAGUGGGAGGCCCAUCUGGUGGUCCACCUCAGCAGCCCAGUGGUCCCCCAGGCCAGCAGGGGCAAGGUUACCCAGGAUCAGUGGCUCAGCAGCAGGCCACAGUUGCACUGCAGCACAGGCUGCAACACCAGCACCAUCUCCAGAUGCAGCAGCAAAAUGCCAUGGCUGGCCUGCAAGGGGGAGACACAGGGCCCGGAGGGGGUGGUGGUGGAGGUCCCCAGCAGCCACCUCAGGGCCCUCAACCCACUCAAGGUGGCCCCCCACCUCCGUCCUCUCAGGCCCUGCUCCAACAGGCCCUGCACCAGAGGUUGCUCCAGCAGCAGCAGCAACAGCAGCAGCAGCAGCAGCACCUGGGCCCCGGCAGCUCACCAGCCCAGCACAGCAACCCUAUGAGUCCUCAGCAGCCACAGCAGAUGGCGCAGUCCCCACACCUGCAGGGCCAGACACUGUCCACAUCGCUCGCCAACCAGGUGCGAUCCCCACAGCCUUCUCCUAGACCGCAGUCCCAGCCGCCGCACUCUAGCCCAUCCCCGCGCAUGCAGCCACAGCCUUCCCCACAUCACAUCUCACCUCAGAUGCAGUCAGGUUCCCCACACCCGGGCCACCUGAGCCAGCACCACCCAGGAAUGGGAGUCCCUCCACAACAACAGCAACAGCCAACGACCCAGCAGCAACAGAACUCUAUGGAGCAGUUUGGGUCAGACCAGAGUGCUAUGCUAUCUCAGCUGAGUGGCAUGGCUGGUCUCCAUGGGCCAGGGGGCAGUGGUCAGGACCAACUGGGCCAGAAUAUGAAUCACAACCCUUUAGACAUCAUGUAGGAAUUCUACCAAUGUGUCAAACUGAGCUGAGAUGCUCGGUGAUUCUCCGCACAAACUGCACUCACCCAGGACAGUGUUAUUGUUUUUACUUAGCCUUUCUUUUUUAUACUAUUAUUAAAUGUUAUUUAAAAUGUUUUCAAUAAAGAUGCAUUGAACUGAACUUCCUAUGGGAGAUGAACAAUAAAUCAGUCGUUAAAUAAA